ACAACUGUUGUGUGGAAGCGGAAAGCAAAUCAUUGCUGAAGAGAAAAAAACGUUUGUGCGUGCUUAUGGAAUACAUGAAUUCGCGCUUUUGAUUUCACCAGCUCGUUUUUUCCGUCUUCGUGAAGCGUAAGGGAUGGUGCACAUUUUGGUUCCGUGACCUGUCAGCUGGAUCAGGUUGUGUUGGAUGGAUGUGGCACGAAUUGGAAGGUUACACAUUUUCCAUUGUCUGAAAUGCACUCAACGGGAAUGACAUUUCUAUGACAAAUUUCUCUUUUGUGCGUUUUUCUGAGCAAUGGAGUGAGACGAGGGCGCACGGAGAGCUGGUUAAAAGGGACUUUAUAUUUUUAAAUCACUUCACAUAGACUGAUGGAAACUCUACGUGGUAACAUAUGUCUGUACUGUAAUGUGCACUCUUCAUCUAAUAUUUAAUGCCAGUUUGGAUUUUACCUGUUGGAUAUCUGCAUGUCUAGGAUGGCUCGCUUUGGAGACGAUCUGUCCACCCGCUAUGGAGGUCCAGCGGGCGCCGGGAGAGGGGGAGCCCGGGCAGGAGGUCCCUCGGGCGGUCAAAGAAUGUACAAACAGUCGAUGGCUCAGAGAGCCAGGACAAUGGCUUUAUAUAAUCCUAAACAAACCAAACAGAACUGCUUCUCUGUCAACCGCUCUUUGUUCAUCUUCAGUGAGGACAAUAUCAUCAGGAAAUACGCCAAAAGAAUAACCGAGUGGCCUCCAUUUGAGUACCUUAUCCUCGCUACCAUCAUUGCCAACUGCAUCGUACUGGCCCUCGAACAGCAUCUCCCUGCCAUGGACAAGACCCCCAUGUCUGAACGCCUGGACGACACAGAGCCCUACUUUAUCGGAAUAUUCUGUUUCGAAGCCGGCAUUAAGAUCAUCGCCUUGGGCUUUGUGUUUCACAAAGGCUCUUACCUACGCAACGGCUGGAACGUAAUGGACUUUGUGGUUGUUCUGACAGGGAUUUUAACCACAUUGGGUUCCCAGUUUGACUUAAGGACAUUACGGGCCGUCAGAGUGCUGAGACCCCUCAAACUGGUGUCUGGAAUCCCAAGUCUUCAAGUAGUAUUAAAGUCCAUUAUGAAGGCCAUGGUCCCCCUUCUUCAGAUUGGACUGCUGCUCUUCUUUGCCAUUGUUAUGUUUGCCAUCAUCGGUGUCGAGUUCUACAUGGGCAAAUUCCACUUCACCUGCUUUAAAGAGGAUAAAGGAGAAAAAGUUAGUGAGAACCCAUGUGGAACCGAACCUCCCGCAAGAUUAUGUCCCAAUGGAACAGUAUGCGGUCAUUGGACAGGUCCCAACUUCGGCAUCACAAAUUUCGAUAACAUCCUCUUUGCCAUCCUCACAGUCUUCCAGUGCAUCACCAUGGAAGGAUGGACCGAUGUAUUAUACCAUGCCAAUGAUGCCUCGGGGAACACCUGGAACUGGCUGUACUUCAUCCCUCUCAUCAUCAUUGGCUCCUUCUUUAUGCUUAACCUCGUCCUGGGAGUCUUAUCAGGGGAGUUUGCCAAAGAAAGAGAGCGAGUGGAGAAGAGGCAGGAAUUCUUGAAGCUUCGCAGACAGCAGCAGAUUGAGAGAGAGCUCACUGGCUACCUGGAAUGGAUAUGCAAAGCAGAGGAGGUGCUGUUGGCGGAAGAGGAUCAGAAAGCUGAGGAGAAAUCCCCUCUGGAUGGUGCGUGGUACAGGAAGAAACAGAACAACUCAGUCCUGAAAAGAACGAAGAGCAGGAAGGGUAGGAAUGACCUCAUCAGUGCCGAAGAGGGAGAGGAACGUUUCACAGACAUCUCCUCUGUUGCACCACCUGGAUCGCCUUUUGCCCGAGCUAGCCUGAAGAGCUCUAAGAACGAUAGCUCCUCGUAUUUUCGGCGAAAAGAAAAGAGGAUACGCUUUUUCAUUCGGCGGAUGGUGAAAGCGCAAAGUUUCUACUGGAUCGUUUUGUGUUUGGUGGGAUUGAACACAAUGUGUGUGGCCAUGGUUCAUUACGACCAGCCAGAGUGGCUCACCAGGGCCCUGUACCUGGCAGAGUUUGUAUUCCUGGGUCUGUUUCUGACAGAGAUGACUCUGAAGAUGUAUGGCCUGGGGCCCAGAAACUACUUUCACUCCUCGUUCAACUGUUUUGACUUUGGGGUAAUUGUGGGGAGUAUAUUUGAGGUGGUGUGGGCAGCGAUCCAGCCUGGUGCAUCUUUUGGGAUCAGUGUUCUGAGAGCCCUGCGCCUGCUCCGUAUUUUUAAAGUAACCAAGUAUUGGAAUUCUUUGCGGAAUCUUGUGGUUUCACUGUUAAACUCCAUGAAGUCCAUCAUUAGCUUGCUCUUCCUCCUCUUCCUCUUCAUCGUAGUGUUUGCCCUGCUAGGCAUGCAACUCUUUGGGGGCCAGUUUAACUUUGAAGAUGAAACUCCCACUACAAACUUUGACAGCUUUCCUGCAGCCAUAAUGACAGUCUUCCAGGUUUUGACAGGAGAGGACUGGAAUGCAGUGAUGUAUCAUGGGAUAGAGUCCCAGGGUGGCGUUCGGGGUGGAAUGUUCUCCUCUGUCUACUUCAUUGUUCUCACACUGUUUGGAAACUACACACUUCUCAAUGUAUUCUUGGCCAUCGCUGUGGAUAACCUUGCCAAUGCACAGGAGCUGACAAAGGAUGAAGAGGAACAAGAGGAGGCAGCGAAGAAGAGCAUCGCUCUUCAGAAGGCCAUGGAGGUGAAGGAGGUCAGCCCCAUGUCUGCUGCCAACAUCUCUAUAGCAGCUUUUGUAAAGCAAAAUCGAGAUGCAAUCUCUCGCAGGUCUUCAGUCUGCAGCGUUCACUCACCUAAAGAGCAGCAGAGGUCACUGCAGAAGUUGUCCAUAUGGGAGCAGCGCACCACCCAGCUGCGUAGACACAACCUGCGUAACAGCAGCGAGGCCCUUUACAAUGAACUAGAGCCUGAAGAGCGUCAGCGCAUGUCUUCAGCGCUGCAUCUGCGGCCCGACAUGAAGACCCACCACGAUCGUCCGCUUGUAGUGGAGCACAGAGACGGCACAGUGGACAAUUCCAGGACUGACACAGAUGGAGACACUCCAGACAUUCAGCUCUCCUCUGGACACCCAAGAAAGCAUCAUCAAUUUCGAGGAGAGAACGGAGAUGCUGGAGAGGGGAGGCACCAUAGACACCACAGCCAAAAUAGGGAGCACCAGGACACCCUGGAGCACAGCAGCAAUCAGAAUGGAGGACACAGGAACCACCACACAGCUGGUUCUCCUGAGGAGGGCAUAGGGUUGGAGGAGAGAGAACGCAGACACCACCAUUCUCGCCGAUCCAGAGAGGUCAACGGGAAUGGCAAUGGCACGAUUGGUAAUGGUGGCAGAGGCGAAGAUAGGAUACAAGAUCACAGAGAUGGCGAAGGAGGGAAUGGAGAAAGGAGGAGACACCGGCCACGUGUUAAAGCCCAGUCCACACUGGAUGGAGAAGAAUGCAGGGAGAACGGUGGAAAACACAGGGGCAGACCAACAGGUACAGACAGCUUAGCGACCAGCCCUCUCCAGUCUCCUACUGAACAGAAGCCAGGAGACAAAGAUAAUCUUAAGAACAGCACCAGAGUGGGCCCAACCGGAGUCAACAUUCCUGUCACCAUAACUGCCCCACGAGGAGAGACUGCAGUCAUUCCCAUGAACAACAUUGAUGGUGACAGUCUACUGCUGAACGAGGAAAAGAAGGAUCUUGAUGAGCUAAAUCAGAAUGCACCCAAACACAUUCUGCCAUACAGCUCCAUGUUUGUGUUUGGUCCAACUAACCCAGUGCGACGGUUGUGUCAUUAUGUGGUGAACCUACGGUACUUUGAGAUGUGUAUCCUCACAGUCAUCACCAUGAGCAGCAUUGCCCUCGCUGCUGAAGACCCUGUGCAGGCCAAUGCCCCGCGCAAUGAUGUGCUGAAAUACCUAGAUUACGUCUUCACUGGUGUGUUCACAUUUGAGAUGGUUAUAAAGAUGAUUGAUCUUGGGUUGCUGUUGCAUCCUGGGUCUUACUUCAGGGAUCCGUGGAACAUACUGGACUUCAUUGUAGUCACCGGUGCUCUGGUGGCCUUCGCCUGCUCAGGAACUAAAGGCAAGGACAUCAACACUAUCAAGUCCCUAAGGGUCCUUCGAGUCCUCAGACCUUUGAAGACCAUUAAACGUUUGCCUAAACUGAAGUCCGUGUUUGACUGCGUGGUGAACUCUCUGAAGAACGUGCUCAACAUCCUCAUCGUUUACGUCCUCUUCAUGUUCAUCUUUGCGGUUAUUGCUGUGCAGCUCUUCAAGGGGAAGUUCUUUCACUGCACCGAUGAGUCCAAAGCCCUGGAGAAGGACUGCAGGGGUCAGUUCCUGGAGUACGGCAGUGAUGGAGUGGCCAUGACACAGCCACGCGAGUGGAAAAAAUAUGAUUUCCAUUAUGAUAACGUCUUGUGGGCCUUUCUGACCCUGUUCACUGUCUCCACAGGAGAGGGCUGGCCAACAGUGCUGAAACACUCUGUUGAUGCCACAUAUGAAGACCAGGGUCCCAGUCCGGGUUACCGCAUGGAAACCUCCAUCUUCUACGUGGUCUACUUCAUCGUAUUCCCUUUCUUCUUUGUCAACAUCUUUGUGGCUUUGAUCAUCAUCACAUUCCAGGAGCAGGGAGAUAAAGCCAUGUCAGAUUGCAGCUUGGAAAAGAACGAGCGAGCUUGUAUCGACUUUGCCAUCAACGCCAAACCUCUGACUCGCUACAUGCCGCAAGACAAGCAGUCUUACCAGUACAAGAUAUGGAAGUUUGUGGUGUCCACUCCAUUUGAGUACUCCAUCCUGAGCAUGAUCGCCAUCAACACAGUGGUUCUCAUGAUGAAGUUCCAUGGUGCUCCUACACAGUAUGAAGACAUGUUGAAGUGGCUGAACAUCAUCUUCACAGCUCUCUUCACGCUGGAGUGCAUUCUCAAGGUCAUCGCCUUCGGCCCACUGAACUACCUGAAGGAGGCAUGGAAUAUGUUUGAUUUUAUUACUGUCCUGGGGAGCAUCAGUGACAUCCUGGUUACUGAGAUGAAGGAUAAGAGGAUUAAUCUGAGUUUCCUGAGACUCUUCCGGGCUGCUCGUCUCAUUAAACUCCUCCGGCAGGGCUACACCAUUCGUAUCUUGCUCUGGACCUUCGUUCAGUCCUUUAAGGCUCUGCCGUAUGUGUGUCUCCUCAUCGCUAUGCUCUUCUUCAUAUACGCCAUCAUUGGGAUGCAGGUGUUUGGAAACAUAAUGCUGUCCGAGGACUCGGCUAUCAACAUUCACAAUAACUUCCAAACUUUUUUUCAGGCGCUCAUGUUGUUGUUCAGGAGUGCUACAGGAGAGGCUUGGCAUGAAAUUAUGCUGUCUUGUCUGAGCGACAGGCCAUGUGACCAUGACUCUGGCACUACUGGAAAAGAGUGCGGCAGUGAUUUCGCUUACUUCUACUUUGUCUCUUUCAUCUUCCUUUGUUCCUUCCUGAUGCUGAAUCUGUUCGUCGCCGUCAUCAUGGAUAACUUUGAGUACCUGACACGUGACGCUUCUAUUCUCGGGCCUCAUCACCUCGACGAGUUCAUCCGUGUCUGGGCUGAGUACGACCCUGCCGCCUGUGGACGCAUAUCCUACCUCGAUAUGUACGAGAUGUUUCGCCACAUGUCCCCUCCGCUAGGUUUGGGAAAGAAAUGUCCUCCACGAAUCGCCUAUAAGCGGUUGGUGAGGAUGAACAUGCCUAUAGCUGAAGACCGUACGGUUCAUUUUACCUCCACUUUAAUGGCUCUCAUCCGGACCGCCCUGGAGAUUAAGCUGGCAUCAGGAGUUCUGGCUCAGCAGCUAUGUGAUGCUGAAUUAAGGAGGGAAAUAAAUAAAAUCUGGAGUAACUUGUCUUCGAAAACAGUAGACCUGCUGGUGACACCUCAUAAACAUAAUGAACUGACUGUAGGGAAGGUCUAUGCUGCUCUGAUGAUUUUCGACUACUAUAAGCAGAACCGAGCCAAAAGACUCCAUCAGCAGCAGGCUGCGCCAGGCACACAGAGUAAAGCUGGAAUUCUCUUCAGACCAAUGCUUCCUCUCACACACUUGCACAAUCAGGAGCCACUAGUUUUGAAAGCCCCGCCCUCUUCUCAAUCAGAUACCACACCACAGCCAGAUGCCCCGCCCACAUCCUUUCACCUGACCAAUGGGGAUGCAGUACAAAACCAGAGCAGUGCCAUGAAAAAGUCUCCGUCGGGAGGUAUACCUCAGGAAUUCGCACAGGAAGUGAACAGAAGGCCUGUCCAACGGGGCCAAUCGGAAGAUGUGACAAACACAAACAGAUCUCAGGAACUAGUUGAGAUGACAGACAUGGAGAAUGACUCUGAUGUGGGUGGGUAUCCUGUGCUGGAGGGUCACGGCAGAGCUGCCUCCAUGCCCAGACUCAAUGCUGGCUUUCAGCGGAGCCACUUACGCCACACCGCCGGAACGUAUCUAGCACCUAUCGCUGACGUGAGUCCCAUGCGGCGGUCUACGUCCUCGUUGACUCCUCAGAGAGGGGUGCGAGAGGUUAAUCUGAGCGAUUAUGACCUGGAGAGGCCCAAGAUGGCCUUGGACCAGACCCUCGCUCAGGAGAGAGAGAUGGGGCGAGAACAUCAUCAUCAUCACCAUCAUCAUCAUCGCUGCCAGCGGCGCAAAGACAAGAAGCAGAAAUCGCUGGAUCGAGCCAUCAGCGAGGAGCAGCCACCACCUGCAGAUCCAAACACUGAGUCGCUGCCUAGAGAACGAGCACGGGAGCGAGAUCGCGGCCGCUCCCAUGAGAGGAAGCACCAUUCAUCCUCAGCGGUGGAAAGGAAGCAGCGAUACUACUCUUGUGAUCGCUACGGCAGCCAUGAACAAGGCCACAGCGUGUCCGCCGGGCCCAGCAGAUCCACAUCGCCAGGAGAACCCCGUGACCCAAACAGGCUUAAGCAGGGAAUUAACACAGCUAAAGGAAGUUCAUUAGCUCAUACCUCAGGCACCAGCACACCCUGCCGCGGGCGUAGACAGCUCCCUCAGACGCCCCUUACGCCUCGGCCUGCUGUUGCCUACAAGACUGCCAACUCCUCUCCGGUCCAGCUCAACACUGCCCAGUCUACAGGGCCCUGCCCCACUCGCCUUAGUCGUGGCCUGUCAGAGCAUGAUGCCCUAAUCAGCGCUAGCAACCACCGCCAAUCUCCUGUGCCUGUCACUCGUAUCGGCUCUGACCCCAACUUGGGUCCCCUCCAGCAAGACUCAAACUUGUCUGAAGCGGACGACUUCCACGAUGCCUUGAGCACGUACGGUACAGGCUGCUCCCCCAGGACUGCAGCCUCCAUCGGCCACACAUCAUCAGGUGCGGCCCCCACAUCCACACUGCUCUCACGCAGCCAGAGCGGAGUCCCUAAUGGGUAUCACUACUCCCUCGGAGUGAACAUGGCACCUAGUUCAAGCGGCAGAGCAUCUGGAAGCUAUCAAAAAACUGAGAGAGAUGAUUGGUGUUAGCAUGAUUCGAUCUAGCAUGAAUUUUAUCAUCUUUGCCCCGGGGGAGGAGGAAGCCGUGUUUUGGAGGAGAGCAAGAGUUAUGUCUGCAGUUUACACUAUUACAACUGUUUACCAUCAGCUUGAGCCAAUAUGGUUUUAUAAAGGUGUUCUUCUCUUGUUUAAAAAGUAGAGACGUCCUUGUCACUGUUACGAAAGUUGCGGCGAGAUGAACAGCGCUUGGAGGUCUCGAUAGGUUUCAAACUGAAUAGUUAAGACUGAAGUGAUGCUCCCCACCUCUUUUAAUUUCAUAAGGACUAAUUCCACAAGGGUCACAUGCAGGGAGAUGAUCACAUCAGCUGUAAAAAACAUUUAGGUGUUGGAAUUUGAGAGGUUCUUUAGACUCUUUCCACAGGACACAAUGACUGAAAAGUUAUUUCUAGGGAUUUUGGCAGUGUGUCCACCAACAAGUUUUUUUUUUUCUAAAGCCAGCGUAUAUUUUUAAUCGUUUACAAUAGGAGCAGCAAGUACUAGCGUAACGGGGCAACAAGCAUCUGUUCUUUGCUAAUUUUUUGUCAUUGAGAGUUGAACAGUGUUCAUCUUUGGAUAAAAUGUUGCACUUGUCACUGUCAAUUUUUAUCUAACCAUCCAUUUGCAUUGGAGGAUGGGUGGGACAAAUACCAUACUGAUCAACCAUCACAUUCUACUUGUACAAUGAUUGAAUAAUCAUCGUCUGACACCUUCAGAUGUCAAAUUUAAUGUAAAAAAAAAAAAAAAAACACUUGAAUAUUUUGUUCGUAAUGUGUCUGCCAGGUAAACAGCUAAACGCUGUGCCUCCAAAUCACUCUUAAAGGGUUAGUUCACCCAAAAAUCUUUAAUAUUGUAACAAAAUUAUGUAAUAAACUCACCCUCAUGUCGUUCCAAAACCGUGAGAACUCUUUGGAAUACAGUUUAAGAUAUUUUAGAUUUAGUCCGA